AAAAAAAAAAAACCUAUUUGAUAUGCACCGAUAAACUUUACAUAUUCGCUUCUGAAAGUGAAAAAAUUACUGACUGUUGCACAAACAGAAGUUCGCCGAGAUCAAAUCCUCAGAGUUUCCAAGAUGACAUCUCAACAGAUUACCACCAACGUAGUUCGUAGAACUUAUUUGAAUUCCAGAAAAGGGUUCCGCCUGCGAGUAACGGAUGAUUUGGUCGAUGGGAGUCAAAAUUAUGACAGUGAUGUUUACAGUAAGUGGAAUCCUUUACGUCAAAUGGCUUCUGUUGCUCCUGGAGAAGUCGUGUUUCGUGGAGAGGUAUCCAAUAAGUACAUUGGCAUGGACAGUAACGGAAACAUCGUAACAUAUAAUUCCUUGUUGGAGGACUGUGUAUUCAAAGAACAUCAGGACGCGAAUGGUUACAGUUCUUUCGAGUCUAAACCCCACCCAGGAUGGUUUCUGGGGCUGACAAAUGAUGGCAAAACAAAACCUGGACCCAAGUCCGCACGCGGCCAUAGAGCAGUGGAAUUUUUACCAUCUAAUGUUUAAGAAAUCAGAAUCAAUGUUAUCAAUGUUUUUACCUAAUUACGAUGUUCCAAAAUAAUUACAUGCUGGGAUAAAUAGACUACUCAAUAAAUGAGUCAUGAAUUGAUGCCGA